UCAUCUGCCACGUGUGCGCCUGUCUGGGGAGCGGCUGCUGCGGUCCCGCCCUCGAUCUCUGUCUCUGUCCCUUUCCCGGUCUCUCUCCCUCUCCCCCCGUCGCUCGCGCCGCCGACGGUCAUGGUCGCGGUCCCUGUCACUCUCCCUCUCCCUGUCCCUCCGGCGGCGGUCGCGGGACUCGCCUGACCUUGACCGUGACCUCGAACGAUGCCGCGAACGGGACGAGUGGCGGUCGCCAGCCUGGUCCCAACGGCUCCUCCUUCUCUCCGCAGGGGUCUCACCCUGAACACGAGAAAGAGUGCAGUCAUAGUCUGGUCGAUUGAUUCGUCCUGUGGUUGUUUUGUAAGUCCUACCUGUGGCUGUGCCGCUGCAGCAGGUGCGCCGUUGGGCGUGGGGGCGGUGGAGCCGCCCGAGGACCCCACCUUGACUGCAGCAGCUUCAUCGAUGGCCGCACUUGGGGCAGCAGCGCUGGCCGGUGGGGGAUCGGGGAGGGAUGAGGUUGAUGAUGCUGACGUUGCCGACGGUUGUGUAACGCCCAUGCCGCUCAGACGGGACUGGACCGACUCCAUGGCUGCUGCAACCAGGUGGGCCUUGCCUGACGGAUACGACAUAAGAAUGGUGCAGGGAUGGAUUCACUCGGGGAUGUGUCGUUGCAUACCUGCUGCUGCAUCUGGUGGCUGCUGGAGCGGUAUGAUUCGGGGCACCACUGGGGGAGGGGGAGGGGGUGGGGGAGGGGGUGCCUCAGCACCCGGCUGCACAUCCCACUUCGAUGGGCCUCCAAAACGACCUGAUGACACGCACACAUCCGCCAACAGAUACUCCACACACCCCGCAAUCUCUCCUUGUCGCAUUUCUGACCUGGCCCAGGCUGCAGCAAUGGUCCCUGAGGCGGCGGCAU